GAAAUCCUACGUCAACAACCUCGAGCCGUCACACCUGCGGCUGGAUUUGGAGUGGGAGCACGAGCGUUUUUCAAUGAGUCAACUGUGUGGAUUUUACCAUCUCUAAAAAAUGACAAAGUUCCAACUAUAUCAGGUUUUUUCGCUAUCGAUCUGUCUUUUCCAACUCACGGGGGCGCUUCCGCGGUCUGGCCGUGACUUGGGAGGCAGCAGAACACUGCGAUACGCCCGCUGCAGAGACAACCUGGAGUACGUCAAUGGCAACAUCUGCUGCUUAAAUUGUCCAGCUGGUACACGUAUGAUAUCGCCCUGCACCAGAGCAGGAGAGCAAGGGACGUGUGAGGAAUGCGAUGAUGGAACAUACACUGAGCACACCAACGGUCUGAAGCAGUGUUUUAAGUGCACACAGUGUCGCUCAGAUCAGGAAAUUGUAAGGGCAUGUACGCACACUCAAGAUACUGAGUGUCAGUGCAAAUCGGGAAGAUUUUGUGCUCCUGACGAAGCAUGUGAGGUGUGCAAGAAAUGUUCCAGGUGUGGAAAAGAUGAAGAGAUUGUGAGGAACUGCACCUCUACUACCAACACAGAGUGCAAGAAAAUCUCAUCCACAUCUGACUAUGCUUCAGCAAAGGCCUCGAUGAUUGUGCCAUUAACACUGUUUGCUGUUGCUGUGGUUGGUGUAAUUGUAAUUGGAUUUUUCUGGUUCAAGCGGAGACGUCGUAGAGCAACAGAUUCUCAGAGCGAUCUACCUGGCGGGCUGAAAGCGGGAACGCAUUACAGUGACAACUAUCCCACUGAGGAAGGGAGGAACGGAGAACCCCGACAGCUGAGCUCAAGUCUGAUCCUAUCCCGGCAACUGGUGAGAGCCAAAUCCUCCGCUCAUGUGGAGGAUGAGCACAAAAUGCUGUGUGAAAGCCUCAGCAGCUCAUCCAGUAACUCCCAGCACAGUCUAACCGGCCUGCCCGUCUAUGCCGUCCCCGCAUCUCCCCCCCGAGCCUGCCCCAUGGUCCCCCGACAGUCCAACCGGAGGGAAGAUGAGCCUUUCCCCAGGCUUGUUCCUGUCAAUGGUGAAGAAUCUCUGAGGAAAUGCUUUACUUUUUUUGAGGAAAUAGACGUCAGCUACCACAAGAGGUUCUUCCGUAACCUUGGCAUUAACGACAAUGUGAUCAAGAGCAAAGAACAACUCCUCUAUGACGACAGGGUCCACGAAUUGCUGAAUAUUUGGGUGGAGAAAGAGGGCAAAGGAGCCAGCUUAAAUGACCUGCUGAAAGUAUUACUUGAACUGAAUCAAAGGCGAACAGCAGAGAUUAUCAAGGAGAAUGCUAUUCACUAUGGUCAUUACCUCUGCGAGGAGUAAUGAGAGGUGAACCCCCUCUGAAAACCUAUAGUUCCAACAAUACCACGUAAUGUGAGGUUCUUGAAAGCCUAUGCACGCCCAAGCAGUAUUGGAUUACUGCUUGGGCUAGAAUGGCACAAGGCAGUAGCCCAUAGUGGUCCUUUGCUAUAUAUCAUAAUGGGGUACUGUCAUUAGUCUCAUGAAUAACACUUAAGGUGUCAGGUCCUUAAUGGAGUCAUCUUUUGCAUCAUCCAAUGAUGGUCGCAUUCGCACCUCAUAAGGAUACCAAUCUCAUAAAAGAGAAAGCAUGGGUGCUGUUUGAGGUCCUUGGUGCUUCUGCUUUGUCAAGACUAUUUGGGGUAGCAGUGCACAAGGCUAGCACCCAUAGUGGUCAGUGAGAAAAUAAAACCCCUCACUUGUACGUUUACAAAGUGCAUAUUUUACUGAAGCUGCUGCUCCUGCUUCAGUGCGAGCAUCUCACUGUACCGUCGGCUCUGAUGGGGAAAUGUAGGGUCGUGUGUCGUCAAACCUGGCUUAAUUACAUGCCUGCUUGACCUUGCACAGACACAGACAGCUUCAAUUCACAUGUUUUUGUCUGUCUUAAAGUAAUUUAUUUUCCUUCAGCUCCUCAUGGAGUGUUGAUAGUGAAGUAUUUAAUUACAGAAAGUGUUUGCUGUCUUGUAUUCCGCAUGUGCCAAGACUGCCUUUUUACUCGAUAAAAAAAAUGAGCUCACAGGCUGAGACAGGUUGAUUGUUUCAGAUCUCUGAUGUUCAUCAAAUCUUACUGACAGUUGUGUUCUUUCACAUAUGUUUUUAUUUAUUCAGAUUUUCCCCUGGAAAUGAAUGUCUUAAUAGCUGCACUGAUUGACCAAGCAAAAUGCCUAUAGAUCAAUGCUUUACUGCAAGUAUUUAAGUUAAUAUGGUGGAGAACAGUCACAUUGUAUUUUAUUUAAAUAGUAUGUUCUCUACCUGACUGUAUUGUAUAGUUGUUCUACAGUUGAUCAUGGUUCAGUUUGCCUGUUUACUUGAUGAAAUCACCUGAUCGAAAUGAAUGAAUGAAAUUCUAUUGUUACACCUCUGUCAAUCUUGGAGGUUUUAUAAAACCAAAGAAGGCUCCAAAGUGCCUUGUCUACCUUGAGGUUAAUGGCAAUGUUACAAAAUGUCUUCUUUUAUGUUUCAUUUCCAUUUGUGUCUCACUCCUAGGUCCUGUUGAGUUUGUCAGCCUAUUGUUUCAUUCAGAUACUUUUUUCACAUUUAGUAACUGAUUUUUACUGACCUAUCCAAGGGUUUUUAACAGAGUAUUUACAACUUGAUAGGCUUUGAAAUAUGCAAAUCAGAAUUUGAGUUUCUGAGGAAACAAAAGGCCUCAGGAAAUAAGUGUGUCAACUUGAAUGUAUUUAAGAGAGAAAUAAACUCUUCACGCUAA